AUGCACGAUGCACACCAUCACCAUCCCUCACACCAAACCUCGGCGGUUCCACAACAAUUGUACCCAAGCUUACCACAACCUAAAAUGGACCCAUACGCUAACCAAUACGGAUCGUACAACUAUGGAUUUCCACAGGUCAACAGACAGGUGGGUCAAAGCUACGGCGAUGGUAUGGUUUCCAUGGAGUUUGGCGGAGUCAGCGCCCACCAAAAGUCAGGAAAGAAAAACGACGGUACCGAAGAGGCUGUGGCAUCGUUGGGCAAGCUUUCGCUCUCCGACUCAAAGUCUGAAACCAAAUCCUCUGACUCGAAGAAACCAGCCGAGUUUGAUAUCGAGGACGUUCUCAAACAUAAGGCGCUCGUUGACAUGGUUGUAAGUUACUUGAGAGACUUGCGUGAUGCUGAAGAAAAGAGCAAUUCGGAAAACCAGCCAAAGGCAUCCGAAAACAAGCUCUAUCCCACCAUCACUGCAUUCUAA